AUGGGGCUUUGUGCAGAUAGGGUGUCACCCAGUGCAGGAUAUAAAUGCUGCAGCAAGGCCAGGAGCCACAGAAGCACCAUGGUGACCAUGCAGCUGCUCCUGCUGACUGUGGCUCUGACCUUGCCCUCUGUGGAGCAAUCAUCCUACAGAAAUUUUCACUAUGAUAUCACUAUUGAUGAGCUUCUAGGAAAGUGGUACAUAGUUGCCUGGGUAGGAAAUGUGCCUAUUCCCGAAAAGAAGAAGUUCAGCCCACUGCCACCCUUCACAUUUGUCAGGAACAUUAUUGGCAAGUUGGAGUUCAGAAUGAACAUCUCAAAACCCACCGGGUGUACUGAGUUCAAGAUCUGUAUGGAUAAAAUUAAACAUGAACCUGGUGGCUUCAAGAUCUGGCCAGAUCACCGCAUCAAAUUUGUGUUUGUGCGUGGGAAGGACUUUGCUAUUGCCCAUUAUGUGAAUAAUCAAAGUAAGAAGAUUAUGACAAUGCUCAUGGGUCGCAACAUGGCUCCAAAGCAAACAAUACUAUUGGAUUUUGAAGAUGUUGUUGUAAAUGCUGGGAUGAAAAGAACAGACAUCAUCUACCGUAGAUGUGAUGAUCAAAAUCCCUGA